GAUGCGAAUCCAAACCAGGGGCUCAUCCAACAUGCGGGGAUAAAGGAAAUUCCUCAGAAUGGAAUGCACCGAAGUGAGAUAAUAUUAGCCAAUUAUUUUCCACAAGGGGAGGGCUGCCUAUGACAUUUUAUGAUUUUUGAGGGGUUCUACGUAUAUUAAAACGAGAGCAGGGACAAGAAAAAAAAGCUGCCACAGAAGGAGUCUGAGGAUUGAGUUGUUUGGUGAUGAACAGCACUGUUCAUCCAAUGCGCAAGGUAUUGCGUGAUUGAAAUGUAAGGAUUUAGCAGCUCUGAAUGCGAUGCAAAUGAACUGGACAAACUAAAGGAGAACACACAGGCUUCUGCGUUAGCUGAAGUAGAAACUGGUAUGUUCUAGGGAGUACACAAACCAAAAGACACCGGCGCCUCGACUACGAGUCAGAGAACCAACUCUUCACCUAACAUCCCCUUUACUGUGGUGGUACAAUCUGUGCUUGGAUUACUGCCUGGAACAAGCUCAAGGCGAUCUGUUCAGUUUUGGAGCGGCGGGGCUUUGUCGAUUGUGACGUGGCCCUUUUGGUUUGUACGCGGAGUCUGAGGAUGAGCUACCGCCCUGUGUGCUGGCUCUGAGCUGCCCUCCACUGCCCUCCCCCGUGCCUGUGGGACCCUGUGACCAUGCUGGCCAAGCCCCCUGAGCCAGCCAGAGCAGAACCACGAUCCGUGCCCAGGUCAGCCAUCCCUUCCACAGCAGGAUGUCCCAGCCAGAUGCGGUCCCGCUGGGGACCAACGACUCUGGGGCCGGGGAGGUGGCCGGGGCUCAGCUGCACUGGGCUGCUCUGCUCAUCAUCAUGGUUAUCAUCCCCACCAUCGGGGGCAACAUCCUGGUCAUCUUGGCCGUGUCGCUGGAGAGGAAGCUGCAGAACGCCACCAACUACUUCCUGAUGUCCUUGGCAGUGGCCGACCUGCUGGUGGGACUCCUGGUGAUGCCCAUCGCCCUCAUCACUGUGCUAUACAAUUCCGGGUGGCCUCUUCCGGAGUUCCUCUGCCCAAUCUGGCUCUUCCUGGACGUCCUGUUCUCCACAGCAUCCAUCAUGCACCUGUGUGCCAUCUCACUGGACCGCUACAUAGCCAUCAAGAAACCCAUUCAGCACAGCCAGUAUAAGUCCAGGUCCAAAGCCAUGGCCAAGAUAGCAGUGGUGUGGCUCAUAUCCAUUGGUAUCGCAAUCCCCAUUCCCAUCAAGGGGCUGAGAAACUACCAUCUUCCAAACAAUGUCACCUUUAACAGCAACCACACCUGCCUACUGAAACCAGACAGCUUCCGAGAGUUCAUCAUGUAUGGCUCCAUGACAGCUUUUUUCAUCCCUUUAACCAUCAUGAUGGUCAUCUACCUGCUCACCAUUCAGGUGUUGCGCAAGAAAGCUUUUCUGCUCAGGUCAAAGGUCACCCAGCGCUUCACUCGCCCAACAGUCUCCACAGUCUUCCAGAGGGAGCAGUACAUGGCCUCUCCCACAACUGAGAAACUGCCAGGAAAUCCCACCGCUCCUACCAACCCCAUGACAAAUGAAGAUAUCCCCAUCCGUCGCAUGUCCACCUUGGGCAAGAAGUCCAUGCAAAACCUGACCAAUGAGCAGCGUGCCUCUAAGGUGCUGGGCAUCGUCUUCCUGCUGUUUGUGGUCAUGUGGUGCCCAUUCUUUAUCACCAACAUCACCUCUGUGCUUUGUGCGAGCUGCAACGUCAAUGUGAUCGGCCGUCUGAUGGAGAUCUUUGUGUGGGUGGGCUACGUGUCAUCUGGUAUCAACCCGCUGGUCUACACCCUCUUCAACAAGACUUUCCGCCAGGCCUUCACACGCUACAUCACCUUUAACUACAGCAGCAUCAGUAAUGGGCCAGCCAGCCAUACAAGGGAACAGCAUGGCUGCAGGAAUCUAACAAGGAUCUCCUUCCGUUCAUCUGUGGCGGAGAACUCUAAGCUGUUCAUGAAGCGGGGAAUGAAAAACGGCAUCGGGCCAGUGUGUUAUCAGAGUCAACUGAGCCGAAGGCAAGCACCAAUACAGUCCUCUGGCAGCGUUCUACUGGACACUCUGCUCCUUACCGAGAAUGAGGAUUGCAAAUCCGAAGAGCAUGUCAGUUACUUGUAAGGCCUUUCGGAAAAUGCAAUCAGCAAAAGGGAAACAAUUAGAACCAGAAAGUCAGAUGUAAGAGGCACCCAAGGCUUGAGUUGUGAGCUCCCCAGGGGAUUACCUUCCAUGAGCAUCACAUGGAUUAUUUUCUAGUCAAGAAAACAGUGUGCUCUCAGGGGGGAAACAAAAAUAUGUAGAUUUCUGUCAAACAAAUAAGAGGUCCUCCGUACAGAGAUAGAUGAACAUUAUGCGUAAAAUGAGACAUCAAACAGGUGUGUUGAGGUGGUUGCCCUCAGUAAAAGAUAAGCUGACAAGGGUCAGGUCGGACUGUUCUUAAGAAAGCCGCCAGAGAGAUAAAUACAUAAGGAAUGAAGACAUAUGACUGUCUGGAAACUCUCUCAGUGGAUACAAUGUAUAUUCCAAUGCUAAUCCUGUCACCUUGGGCCAUUUAGUUCUCUGCUAUGGACAAUUUCCAUUGAGGAGAUGGCAUUCUUACCUAUUGAGAGGACAAACACUUCACCUUCACACAAAAUAGUUUAUGAAUACCACCCAUUUUAAUCGCAAUUUUUUGGUAAGUGCUUUUAUGAAUAUUAACAGAUUUAUUGUAUAGUCACAGGUCCUAUUUCCCAAACUGUUAUAGCAUCCAAAUGGAUUAUUAUAUAUAAAAUGCAACAAAGACAAAACCUUUGCAAAUGAGAAGCUUGUAAAAUACAAAUGUAUAGCCUACAGAUGGAUAUGUAUUUAGCAUAACAUUCCUGGUUCAUAAAUUGAUAAAACAGUGCUUUGCUAUAAGAAAAGCCAAAAGUAUGUCUUUUUUUUUUUUUUUACAGUUCUUAAAGGGGCAAUCAGCAGUUGAAACAUAAAAAAUGUUAUCCCCACCCCUGUUCCAGUAAAAAGCUGAGGGAUGGGUCUGGAGAAAUGUAACCACUCAAAUUCAUAGGCAGAGCUAUGGAUGCAAGGACUGACCAUCUACGAUAUCCAAACUAUUGUUUUAGCCACGUUUUGAAGCUAUAAACAGGGUCUGACAUUGACUAUGCCCGAUGGAUCUCGUCAGUCACUGGCCCAGUAACUUGAAGACUACACGCAAUAAAGUCAAGCAAUAUGAUUGACCGUUCAUUGAAGCUCCACUUGUUCCCGCAGGUCACAACUACAGCACAUUAAAUGUAAAAAAUGUUUUAUUAGCUGAUGGCCUUUACACAGCACACACACACACACACGAGCUAUCCUGAGCAAAAUAAAUGGUAAUUAAUCCAUUCGCUGAGCUCCUUUACUUUAGGGAAAGGGAUUUACAAGCAAUAGCAAUAUGCUGGCUACUGUUGAUAGUCUGCUAAAAUAAAGCUACAAAAAGACACCUAGCAUGUGUCUUGGCUAGCCUACUGUAGCGAGUUGAUAUAUUUUGGAAUGUUUGUCUUAAAAAGGGGCAGUGUCCUAUUUUGGGAUGUAAAAAAUCGUCUCAAAAUGACAUACUUUAGAAUAAAAUGAAUGCAUUUAAUACAAUUCUAAAGAAUAUAGAAAGGACUUGCAUUGCAACAUUAUAUUACACAGCUUUUUAAUAACUAGAUGUAGCCUAUUAAUAGCUGAAUAUAGAGAGAAGCAUGGCAAUCUACAGGCCCCAAUGCAUUUAAAAACUACACCAAGUUCUGGCAAUCAUCAAUUUUUAUUGCCAGUAAGAACUUCUGGAGUACAGACCCCCAGAAAUCAUCCGAUCUCCCUCAAGUGGUAAAAUAAAACAUUUUUAUGUAUAAUUUGUAUGGAGGCAUACUUAGACAAAAAAAAUGACACUAAAUGAUAAUUAAGAAAUUGUUUAAAAUCUUGGAGGUGAAUGUUGGAAUUAAACAAUUAACUAUGCAAAUGAGCAAAAGAUGUGUGCAUUCAGGAAACAGACGCCAGGCUCAAAUAGAAACCUGUCUCUAAUAAGCGCCCGUUUUGUUCAGUAAUUUAAACAAAUAAAACGCAAAGGCUGUUAAAUUGACAUUUUACAGUGGAAUA